ACCCGAACUCGAAAUGUUUGGUGAAGGCAUUUGGGUAACAUAGAAUUGUUGGAACUCUUCGUGAGAGAAACCAGAAACUAAGAUCGAACACCGAAGGGUUUGAUUCCGAGAAGGGAAGGAACAAUGGACGAUUACACUCGAGAGAUGAUGGAUCUCAAGACCUUAGUCACUCGAACCCUAGAGAAGAAGGGUGUUCUCGCCAAGAUCCGGGCCGAGCUUCGUGCGAGUGUGUUUGAGGCAAUCGAAGAGGAAGAUCGAGUUAUCGAGAAAGACGAUGGUCUACCUCCUGCAUUGUUGGGCAGCUGUAAUGACCGUGCGAAACACCUUCAUGCUUCUCCAUCAGGAAGGUUGCUAACUGCGUUAAUAUGUGAAUACUUGGACUGGGCGCAACUAAAUCACACUCUAAAAGUUUAUCAGCCCGAAUGCAAUUUGCAAAAAGACUUCUGGAAGGCCGAGUUGAAAGAAUUCAGUAGCAAGAAUGGUUAUGAGCUUAACAGAAAUGGGGAUAGUGGGCCUCUCCUUCUGGAUGUUCUGGAAGGUUUCUUGAAGUUUGAGAACUUGAACCAGUCCAUGAGUAAUACAAGAAGAGAUUCAGAAACUGAGUCCUCAUCAAGCCUCGAGUCCGGAAAUCCACGCAGAUAUUUGUCGGCAUCUGCUUCUGGGGGCUUACCUCCUCUAGGAAGACCUGGCUCUGUACCCCGAGGAUCCGAUCGAAGAGCUGGGAUGUCUUCAUCUGGGUAUAGAGAAGAUGAAUACAGUUGGAGAUACGACAGCCAAGAUGUACCAGAAGAGGUAAUGCGAGCUUCAGCAGCACUGGAAAGUCUUCAGAUUGAUAGAAAAGCUCGGAAUCUAACAUCGUCAUGGCGGUAA